UUCAGUGCUGUUUGUACAAGAGUUUUUCACAGAGCUAUUAGAAAAUGGCAGGAAGGAUUUCCACUCCAUGUUUGUCAGGACAUACGGCCAGUUAUAUCAACAGAACGCACACAUAUUUAAUGACUUGUUCACUGACCUACGCAGUUACUACAGAGGGAGAAAUAUCAAUCUUUUAGACGCCCUGGAGAACUUUUUCGCAACCUUAUUCCAACGAAUGUUCCAGUUGCUGAAUGCGCAGUACGAGUUGGACCAGUCGUACUUGGGGUGCGUCGCAAAUACGAUGGAUAAGCUGAAUCCAUUUGGAGAUGUACCGCAGAAAUUUUCCCAGCAGCUGAAGAGGUCGUUUGUUGCUGCGCGCACGUUCAUGCAGGGGCUUGCGAUUGGAAGAGAUGUCAUUUUACAAGUUGGAAAGAUCCAGCCCUGCCACAACUGUAGGAAGUCACUGAUGAAGAUGAUGUACUGCUCCUACUGCAGUGGAUUGCCCACCAUUAAGCCUUGCAAUAAUUACUGUCUCAAUGUUAUGAAGGGUUGCCUUGCCUACCAGGCUGAGCUGAACUCUGAAUGGAACAAAUAUAUCAAUGAACUUAUCAAGGUUGCCAACCGUCUGAUGACAUCAUUCAACAUUGAGCAGGUUGUGGACCCCAUGGACGUGAAGAUUUCUGAGGCCAUCAUGAACCUGCAGGAAGGCAGCGAGAAGAUCCGACAGCAGGUUUUCACUUCUUGCGGCCAGCCACGUUUCAAGGGACGCAGGAAGAGAAAGGCGGAUUACGAGGAAUAUGCCUACGGGAACUGGCGUUACCAGCCAACAGGCAAUGGCGGCAUGGCACGUCCCACGACAGCGGCAGGAACCAAUCUUGAACGCCUGGUGUCAGACAUAGUGAAGCAAGUGGAAGUGACAAAGGAUUUCUGGACUCUUCUCCCCUACACGCUAUGUAACCAUGACCAGUUUGCUUUCGUCGCCAGGAAUGGAACCGAGGGAAAUUGUUGGAAUGGCGAACACCAGGGAAGGUAUCCCCAUGACGUGGUACAAGAUGGUAUCAAGGCACAGGCGCACAACCCAGAGGUUACCGUGGAUACCAGGCGACACAACAUGAUAGUCCAGCAGCAAAUACUGCGCCUAAAACUAAUCCACACCAAACUGAGCAACGCCCACCUUGGCCUUGACGUGGACUGGAUGGAUAUGGCUGACACAAUUGAUGACACACUGGUGGAUGUUGGUAGCGGCAGUGGAAGUGGCAGUGGCGCAGGCAUAGAUGAUGAUGAGAAUGGUUCAGGAUACACCUUCCACGAAGACUCCACCACCAGACGUUACAACCACCACCACCAUACCAACCCACCAACCAGCACCAGCAAGAUGCCACCAACACCAGUGGAAAACAGACCAAGAGGAGGAGCCACUUCCAAGACAGGCUCCGUGGUGAUAUUGAUGUUGCUGACCGCUGUGACAGCCUGGAUACAGAGCAGUUUAUGAUGAAAAAUGAUUGUGUGCACAUAGUGUGAAUGGAUUGUGUAUUUAUACCCAUGGUGAUACAUGACAUGUAAACAAAAACUGAUGAUGUCAUCUGUAGAUAUGAUCACAAACUGAUGAGGUCAUUGUUUUUUAUCAUCACCAUGGCAACUGAUCACGUGAUGCCUACUAUACAGCAGAAGUGUGCUGUGUCUUGCUGGAGUCUGUGAUGUACACUAGAAAUACAGGGAAAAUGACAACAUAAAAGAUGUUACAAGAAAGCUUCAUGAUGGAAAGUGUGCGGUAGAAAACAAACAGCAAUAAAAGCAUACUGCUCUCUAAAGUGAACAAGAAGUGGAGGAGCUAUAGAGGUCCACAGCAUAAUACGAGAAAAUUAGUACACAACUUCAAAGAAUGCAGAGACUGCAUAUCUCCAUGGUGAUAGAUGUCUCCAUGGAGAUAGAUGCCAUGGCAACCAGUAGAUGCCAUGGUUACCAGAACUGAUGUUGUAGUCCCAGGACUCCAAGCUGACCUUCAGGGCUCAGACAGCCAGGGUUGGCCCAGUUUUUAAGUUAAUAUUCAUAUUAUUUAUUGAUUUAAUCCUGUCACUUAGCAUGCCAGAGGCGUGUGAGUUUGAUGCGGUUUGAUUACUUUAGGACAAAGUGGAUUGGUUGAUGCAGCAUCUAGCGUCUGCGCGGGAGGAUCCUGCACGUGGCUGUGCAUGUGUGCGUGCGCGGCAUAAAACUCUUGGUGGACAGAGCACUGCAAUAGAUAUUGUGAAAAAUAUCUUGAACAACUUUUAAGUGUUCUGUACUUCACUGAAAUGCAGUGUUCAGUGGCAGACUGAAUGUAAAGCCUCAUUUUAUAGUAACGCACAGAUUGGAGGAGUAAGACUAGUGCCUGAAUGUGUACUCCAUGUUGAGUGGUAGUAUUUUGGUUCUUUUAAGCAGGGCCACCAUUUUAAAUAUCUAGGCAUUCAACCUUGGUGUCACAGGGAACAAAAGCCUUCUGUCACAGGGAACAAAGCUGUGAAGACAUCACAGGGAACAGAACUGUGGGAAAUACCACAGAGAUAUUUGUUACACAAGUUGUGAUUGGUUUGUUAUUGAGUGUCACAGGGAACAAGACCAGAAGAUUGUCACAGGGAACAGGUUCACGGACAAUCAUGCUAAGAAAAGUGUGUCACAUAGAAAUAAAUGAAGGCACUUGAAAAUUUCAUAGUUAGUAUGAUUAUAUUCUGUACAGGUGUUAUCCAAUAUGUAGUUUUACUUUUAUUUUGCCUUUAUUUUAUUUUUAUUUCAUUUUUUGAGAGACAAAACACAACUUAUUCUUAUUGAUUAGAUUUUUAGAUUUAAUUUCAUGUAACUUCAUCAUACCUCGUGUGCGCCUCAUUCAAGCUCUAAAAGACUAUAUUUACAAGUUUUAAUAUCACAUUUUACAAUUUACUUUUUAAAAAAAACUUGCCCUGUGUUCUAACUUCACAUCCCCUGAGUUCAGGAAUGGACUGGUCCAGUCUAUGAAGUGAGCUGGUCCAUUGUGACCAAGUGGGGGAGAGUGGAGUGAUGUAUUUUUGCACUCAGGGCGUUGUUUUUCAGCAUCAUAGAAUAGAAUCGAAAAAAGAAAAUACUUGCCAACAUUGGUUUUUAUAGAGAAAAGUUUGAUAUACUAAAAAAGAAAAAUCAUGCUAACAUAAUCCUAAAGAUUAGUAAUAUCUGAUAUCCAAUCUCAACCAAAAAACAUAUUGAUGUUAUAUAGCAAAUCCUUUCACUAUUAUAGUCUCAAAUCAUGAUAUAUAUGUUAGAUUAUAUGUUUUUGUUUUGUAGAACAAUUUAUGUUUCUGUAACAAAACACUGGCAUUCUGUAUUUCAAACAUGGAGCUGGUUCAGCCGUUUUCUUUUACAGUCUAUAUUACUGCAUUUAUAUUGAGAACACCUACUUCAGUAUUUUUUUAUACAAAAAAUAGUGGGUAGGUGUCUAAAAUGGGUUGAAAAUAAGUAUGUUUAAAAUUGUGAAUACAUGAGAAAGAUACUGAAGGUGAACGAGAGCAACUAAGGAAGAGCUCCCAGACUUUUAUCAAACCUCUUUAUCCAUAUUUGAUAAACAUUUGAAAGGUUUUGAUUUUCAAUUAGGUCACCUGGUCAUUUUUGCAAGAAGUGGUGCAAAAUGAAAUUCUCAAUCUUUUUGAAUCUUUCUCAUUCUGAUGUGUGUGUGUGUGUGGUAUUUCAUAACACGGAACGUGUUACAUUGAUAGGGUAUUAUAUAUGUACAUUAACUCAUUAAAGAAAUCCUAUGAAUAUUGUAUAAUACAUGUACAAGCAGACGACUCACUGUAAUCAUCAUAUUCACUCACAUUUAUGUCACAACAUAGGGAGCAUGUUACAUUAUUGUAGGAGAGAACACUGUUGUUGUUAAUGUAUUGUCAUUUGUACAGUUAGGCCUCAAUUUGGGCAGAAUGCACUCGAUUUUGUAACGAUACACAAGUGACUGCACCCACGCUCUUCUUUUUUUUUUUGGUUACAAAUGGGUCUUUUGUUCUGAUUUCUAAUCACCCAGUUUCAUGAAAGAUAAUUUUGUAAACUUCUGGAAUACAGCAGGGGAAUGUCUUUGAGCAGAUAGCACAUGAAGGUGAAAAGCACCUUACAACAUAAGUCACAAGAUGAAAAUUGUUUAAGUAUUUGUCUGAUUACCUUGGCAACAGGAACCCAUAGCAACAGGGUCACAUGGUUUUUGGUGUAAGAACUGAAAGUAUACUAUGAUUAACUUUGAUAUUUCAUUUGAAAGCUUAGUGCUAUGGAAAUGUGAAAUGGAUAUAUGUAGUCACCCCAAAUCUGAUUUUGAGCGUCUUAAGUCAUCCACUAGAGACCAUAUUGCAUAGAAACAAGAGGCAGUUUUCUCUUGUCUUACUUAAAAAGGUUUUUGGUACAUGUAGUAACAUUUCCGUCCUUUUAGGUCUACACUGUAGAGGAUAUCAUGCUCUACUUUCAUUACGUGGCAUUAAAAAACUUGCAUUCUUGGGACUUUGCUAAACCUGAGAAUGGAUCAUGGGUUUUCUUAAAAAAUGCUUUCUUGUUAGUUUUUUUUCUGUGUAUAUAUCAGAGGACAUUCUAGUGAGAUUGAAGAUGUCUUAUCAUCUUUGGAGAGAGGGAAGGGGAGGGUGAAAGCAGUAAGAUACUAAUAAAUGUAGGACAACCUGUUCAAACACAAAUUCUGGGAGCGUAAGUGUACAGCAAACGUCUUGUUUUGGUGACGUAGAGUACUGCUUAGAUGCUCCAAGAUUUAGGCAGAUGGACCACAUUUCAGUUGCUAAACAUUUUUUCUUUCCGUUAUUAAGACAGUUUCUUUGAGUUGACAGUAACAAAAGCUAGUGUAACAGAGUGUGCCGUGCUCUGAAACUGUAAGUUCAUUUACGUGUAUCUAUAUAGAAAAUCUCAGAUGUCUGUUACAGUAUUAAUUUGUACAGGGUAAUUAGAAAAGUGUAAUUAUGCAGUAAAGGGAAGAUUGAAAUAAGUGCUUUUUGUCUCUGUUCCCCAUUUGGUACAGACUCCCACUGUAUACAGUCAUCAGUCAUUCAUUAAAGUGUUAUUUUAUUGGAAUAAAACUAUGCAA